AUGCCGAACAAUGAGCUUCGAGUCAAAGAGCUCAAUAAAAUAGAUGUCUUUACCAAAGAGGUCAACAUGUAUGCCGAAGUCCUCCCAGCGAUGGUACGGUUUCAGAAAGAGAAAAAAAUUCAGGAUGGCGAAAUCCUUAGUGAUUGGCCGUCAUGCUUGACGUCAGACGGAGGAGCAGGUGACUUCGUCGCAAUGGAAAACUUACGAGGACAAGGCUACAAAAUGGCGGAUCGAACCACCGGUCUGUCUCAUCCCCAAGUUCUCCUCGUGCUCUCCACACUGGCAAAAUUUCACGCCAUAUCUUUCGCUCAAUUCGGUGGGGAUGGUGCCAAAAUCCUGUCGACUUAUCCAUUCCUCGAAGAAAAAAUGUUUCCCGACCCGACCAAGGAGGAAAACUCGCUGAAAGAUUACUCCCAAUCGGUGCUCCGUUGUGAAGUAAAGCUUCUUCGGGACACCGGACACCUCAAAGAAGCAGAAACCUUGGCACUAUUUUGUCACGAUAAUACAAUCGAUCCUUAUUUAUUAAGCGAAAUAAGCAGGAUUGCAUCCGAUACGACGAACGGCGUCAUAAGUCAUGGAGACUGUUGGACGAAUAAUAUCAUGUUUUUAUACGACCACGAAGAUAAAGUCAUCGACCUCAAGUUGCUCGACUUUCAGAUUGCGAGAUGUGCACCGAGAUCGGUAGAAGUGUCGUAUUUUUUGUACGCUUGCGUCCCCCACUUGGACGUCGGUAUGGAGGAAGAGUACCUCAAGUGGUAUGAUGGCCACUUUAUCCAAUUUCUUAAAAAAUUGGGAGUAAAUAGGCGAGCAGGGGACGGAUUGGACUUCCAAGAUUUUAUGGAGGAGUAUGAAAACUGCAUGUUUUACGGAGUUAUGCUCGGUUUGAUAAUGACGCCGAUGAUGUGUAUUGAAAGUCAAAAUCAGCCAAGCUUGGGGGGUCAAGGUCGCACUUUGUCCUUGGAUCAGGCCAGUUGCGACUCUCAUCCCUAA